CGCUCUCUCCUCGCUCCUCAGGUCCUGCUAGCACGUCAUGAUGGUGGAAUCCGCCUCGGAGACGAUCCGCUCCGCUCCCUCCGGCCAGAAUGGGGUCAGCAGCCUCAGCAACCAGCCCGACGGGGGCGGGGGCGGCGGCGGGGGCCGGGAGGGAGCCGCCAGCGGGGACAGCAAUGGGGAGCUGAGCCCAGUGGAGCUCCUGCACUUCCAGCAGCAGCAGGCUCUCCAGGUGGCACGCCAGUUCCUGCUGCAGCAGGCCGCGGGGCUGAGCUCCCCCAGCAGCAAUGAGGGCAAGCAGCCGGCGGUGCAGGUCCCCGUGUCCGUGGCCAUGAUGUCCCCGCAGAUGAUCACGCCGCAGCAGAUGCAGCAGAUCCUGUCCCCACCACAGCUCCAGGCCCUCCUGCAGCAGCAGCAGGCAAUAAUGCUGCAGCAGUUGCAGGAAUACUACAAGAAGCAACAGGAGCAGCUUCACCUACAGCUAUUGACACAACAGCAAGCUGGAAAGCAGCAACCCAAAGAGCAGCCGUUAGGGAACAAGCAGCUGGCGUUCCAGCAGCAGCUCCUGCAGAUGCAGCAGCUCCAGCAGCAGCACCUGUUAAACCUGCAGCGCCAGGGGCUGGUGAGCCUCCCUCCGGGCCAGGGCACCGUGCCCCUGCAGACCCUUCCCCAAGCUGUGUGCCCCUCGGACCUGCAGCAGCUCUGGAAGGAGGUCACCGCCUCCCAGCCUGUCGAAGACAGCAUCAAACAAGAGGGUCUCGACCUCACCACCAACACCUCCAACUCUACCUCGUUUUCGGCCGCCAAGGUCUCGCCUCCCAUUUCCCAUCACCCUCUGCCCAAUGGGCAGAGCACCAUGCACACACCGAGAAGGGACAGCUCUUCCCAUGAAGAGACCCCCGGCUCUCACCCACUCUAUGGCCAUGGAGAGUGCAAGUGGCCCGGCUGCGAAACCCUCUGUGAGGACUUGGGACAGUUUGUCAAACACCUCAAUACAGAACACGCACUUGAUGACCGAAGCACAGCCCAGUGUCGAGUUCAGAUGCAAGUGGUACAGCAGCUGGAGAUACAGCUGGCAAAGGAGAGUGAGCGCCUGCAGGCCAUGAUGGCCCACCUCCACAUGAGACCUUCGGAGCCAAAGCCUUUCAGCCAACCUCUGAACCUGGUCUCGAGUGCCACCCUCUCCAAGAGCACCUCGGACACGUUCCCCGAUGGCUUACCUCAUCCCCCCACCUCUGCCACGGCCCCCAUCACCCCGCUGCGGCAGGGCCCCUCCGUCAUCAGCUCUUCCACGUUACACAGCGUGGGGCCCAUCCGCAGGAGGAACUCGGAGAAGUUCUGCACCCCAAUAUCUUCAGAGCUUGCACAGAACCACGAAUUUUAUAAGAACGCGGACGUCCGGCCGCCCUUCACGUACGCCUCGCUCAUCCGGCAGGCCAUCCUGGAGACCCCUGACAGGCAGCUGACGCUGAACGAGAUCUACAACUGGUUCACCAGGAUGUUUGCCUACUUCAGGAGGAACACGGCCACCUGGAAGAAUGCCGUCCGCCACAACCUGAGCCUGCACAAGUGCUUCGUGCGCGUGGAGAACGUCAAGGGAGCCGUGUGGACCGUGGACGAGCACGAGUACCAAAAGCGAAGGCCACCAAAGAUGACAGGGAGUCCGACUUUAGUCAAAAACAUGAUUUCAGGACUCGGUUAUGGAGCACUUAACGCAAGUUACCAGGCGGCACUGGCAGAGAGCAGCUUCCCACUGCUCAAUAGCCCCACCAUGAUCAACACCAGCUCCACCAGCGGGAUGCUGCACGUGGGCCACGACGAUGUCAGCAGCACGGUGGAGCAGAUCAACAGCAAUGGCAGCAGCAGCCCGCGCCUAUCCCCGCAGCAGUACAGCAGCCACCCCGUGCACGUGAAGGAGGAACCAGCCGAGGCCGAGGAUGACAGCAGGCCCGUCUCACUGCUGGCCACCGCCACCCAGAAUGUGACAAUUCCUGACGACAGGGACCUGGAGGAGGAGCUGCCGGUGGAAGACUUGUCCUAAGGACCCCGAGCGCUGCCCGCGCUCCGGCUGCAGACGAACCCCAGCUCCUGCCUCCCCAAGGUGACCUCUGGCGCUAACCCGUUUCUUCAAGGCACUUCCACAAAGCAGAAGGGUUUCCUCGGGGCACCCGUCCUGCUCCCCACUGCCCGGUGACUGGCGGGUCCCUGGCGCCGGGGAUGUGCGACGAAACAAGAAACAAACCCCCCCAGGGCUGAACGUUGUCCCCCCUCCUCCCUUGGUUAGUAACUGGUGAACGAGGAUGGUAGAUUGUUUCUGUCCGAAGUUGUCCCUCCUUUCUUCCCCACACCCACACUCCAAGGAGGGCUCCUCCAUCCCCUCGUCACACACUGUGUGGCUGUGGGCUCCCUCCAAGACGUGGCUCCAGGAUGUCCCCAGCCCCCAGCAGCCGCCCCAGGGAGGCAGGAUCCCACUGCCGAGCCUCCUCCCAGCGGGUUUUGCACUACAAGGACCUGCGGCCCCUUCCCACGUGCUGCUUCCAUCCAGCUUUGGGGGAAGAAACCACAGAAACAGGGCCGAGACCUGUGCUGCAGCCUCGCACCACCAUCCUGCGCCUUUUGGGACCCUGUGUGCCUGCGCGGCCCCGAUGUCACCACCACUGGUGCCACCCACCCCUGCACGCCAUCCUCCAGUCCCCACCACCAUCAGGCUGGUGGCAUCCAGGUGGCGAUGACUGGCUGGGCACUGAGGACAAAGCUCUGGCUGCAUCUCAGCGUUGGGUGCAGUGGGUGAUGGCUCUUGCAGCCCGACCCGUGGAAGGUUGGGAGGGGAAGAAGCUCGUUGCCCUCUGCGCACCUGGGUCCUGCCCUGUGGAUGGGACGGGCUCUGGGUCCCGCAGGAGCCACAGAGGAGGCUGGCAUGUGGAGUCCCACCAGCAGAACCCUGCCCGGGGCUCUGGCACUGCCAUCCACACUGGGGUGGGAUGGCCUCGGCCCCAAGCCAUGCCUGCUGGAGCCGGGCUCUCUGUACCCCAUUUCACCUUUGUUCCGUCCUCCCCUUGUGUGCGUCGCGCAUCUGCAUCCAGAUGGGAAGAUACCAAAAGAUGUCUCGAGACAGCAGGUCCGUAGUUCAGGUGAACAGAUGGUAUUGAUGCCAAAAAGAAAUAUUAAUAAUAACGAGAACGACACAACCAAACACCCCUCUUCUCCCUGCGCUUUCUUUCUCUGGUGGCAUUGGUGGUACCCUGGGCUCCCCAUGGCCCAGGCUGCUCUCGGGGACCAGCACCUCCCCCUCCUGUCCUGGGGGUGUAUCAGAGAGGAUGUGCCACUUGGUGCUGCCUGGCUGCAGUGUUUCUCUAGGGUCAGACCUUCUUCCUCUGCUACAGGGCACUGGGGUGGGAGUUGGAGCCCCUCUCCAGCGCAGUGGGGCUGCGUGGGGCACCUUGUGGGUCUGCUGCCCCCAGGGCUGCGUUUUGUGCUGAAAACGGGACACACACUGUGGGGCACAGGCAGGGUGUCCCCGGGUAAGCACUAUUUUGUACCCAUGUGUCACCACUGCAAUGUCUCCACGGUGCUGGUGACCCCACAGCACAUAUCCCCUAAUUGAGGUCACCACGACACCUCCUGUGUCUGCCCGCUGCAUCCUCAACACCAGCAGGCUGCAGAGAUGGGGCUCCCACGAGGCCGAGCAACCCCCCCAUUACUUGCGGGGGUUCCCCCCGUGAAGCCAUCCAAGCGAAGCUCACCCUGGUGGGGGGUCACCAGCAUCCCCCGUACGCCCCCCAAAAAACCCAGCAAACCAAACCAAGAUACGGUCGGAAGAUCCCGCUGCGCAGCUCGCCGUGCCGGGCGGAGCAGGAAGCGCUGCCGAGCUCUCCGUGCCGCUCUCGCUAGGUGUCCCCACUCGCCCCGCGUUCCGCCGCGCUCGCUCCAUCGCCGCUGCCCCCGUCGCAGGCGCACAACCAGAGCGCAGCGCCGAGCUCCCCCCGCCAGCCCCACCACAGGAGGCGAAGGGGUUAUUCCCUCCCCCCAGCCCCCAACUACAGCUUUAUUAUUUUUAAUGGUUUUCUGGGGGGGGAGGAUCUUUUUAAGUUAUUGUUUGAAACGAGUUUACAGCUCCACGUGGAGGUGUGGAUGAAGGUUGGCCGGUGCCACGAGCUGCUGCCUUCCUGCACUGCGGGGGGGUGCGGGGAGGGAGUAUGGGGAGCUGUGUACCGUGUUGGAGCCCCCCCACCCCCACCUGCACCCACUGUAGUUCUGUUGCCCCUCAGCAUCCAUCCAGGCUUCAUUUUUAUUCUUCCAACUUAGGGAGAUUUCUUCCCCUUCAUCCAUACAAGUGCUGGCAGUGCUUCCCCCCCUCUCCCCUCCCCCAACCCUUCUGUGCGCUUUGCUGGACCUUUUGGCAUCGCUGCUUUAGGGGAUGUGGGGAGCUCUGGGGUCCCGAGCUGAGCAGCCUCCCAUGCCCUCCCAACUCAAUGGGGCAGUGUGGCUGUGGGGUGCCAGGCAGGAGCAGGAGUCCCCAAGCACAGGGUACCCCCAGCCAGCAAAGCCUGCUUUCCUCACAUGCUUUGGGGUCCUGGGAACCCCAAUGGCUUCAGGGAGGGUGCGAUGUGCCCUCUUACUGUUCUUCCCACUGAGGGUACAUUGCAUUCCGGGGGGUGCGGGCACAGCUGGUGGCACCUGGUGGCUCUGGUCACACUUUGCUGAUGUCUCUAGCCCUGCAUCCAUCUGCCCGUGCGCUCUGCACGGCUCCCACCGCUCCUCUCCUCGGGGCUGUGCGUUUCCAUAGCUGCUCCCUUCUCUCUUCUUCUCUUCCCGACUUCCCUCUUAGGAUUUCAUCUUUUCAGCAGCUCUUCCAACGCCAUUUUCCUGCACUGGGCUGAGCGAAAGCGUGCGCAGCACGGGCACGCAGCACACCGGCACCUGCACACCCACUGCGCUCCCCCCUUGGGCUGUGCUUCGUGAUGCUUCGGCCUUUCCAGCGGUACAGUCCCCCCAACCCCACCCCCCAGAGUCUCAGUGAGGUCCCCCUCCUGCACCUCCCCAACCCCUCCUCGCUGUGUGCCCUAUAGGUUGUCAGCCGCAAUCCUGGCUCGCGAGAGCACCAUAUAUAUAUAUUAUAUAUAUAUAAGUAAAUAUAUAAAUAUAAAUGAAUUUUUUUAAAAAAACAAAAACAAAAACAAAAACAUGCACAGGUUUGGGACGUCCCAUGGCUCCGAGCCGUGCCUCCCCCCCAGCCAAAGCGGGAUCGUGGUGGGGGGAUGCGGGUGCCAUGCAUUGCCCUGAUGCUCUCAGGGCUGAGCGGCCCCAUCCCACACCCUGCUCCCCUGCAGGUACGGACCCCCCCGCCCUGGGUGCGUGUUUCCUUUUCUGCCCGUUGGGAUUUGUACAGAAUUCCACGUCUUACCUCAAACACACGCCCGGUGCAGGGGGGGGGGGGGAAGAAUCGAGGACCAAACGCGGCGCGUGGCGGAGCCCCUAUGUCUGUAUAUACGGAGAUAUAUAUAUACUGGUUGGAAACCCACUACCACGAACUGUUCUCUUGCGUUGGGAUUUUUGUUCUGCUCGCGGCGGGGGCACCUCCCGUGGGCAAAGGCGUUGCUCUGCUAUCUCUCACUGAUGUCCUGAAGGAUGUACUCUGUUUUCAAUGUUGUUUUAUUUUUUUUUUAUUAUUAUUAUUAUUAUUUUUAACGCUGAUUCAUUUCGUGCGGAAUCGGUGGAGUGGGGGUGAGGAGGAGCCCAGCGCGGGGGCAGCGCUGGGUGCCGGGGUGGGGACAGCAGCAGCCCAAACUGCAUUAAACCAAAGGGUUUCUGUGCUUUGUUUACAUGACUGUCCCGUGUUGCCGCCCAGGAGAAAGUCCCCACAUUUGGGUUUUUGUCCUGGAAACACUGUGGGAGGUGGGGAAUGGGAUGGAGCUGGGCAAUGGGGACCCCCCCACACCCCAGCGCUGGGCUGAGAGCCCCUCACGGUGCGGCCCUGAGGGGUGGGGGGGUGGGGGAUGGGAGCAUCGCCCACCAACACUUCUCCUUUUUUUCCCCAUAUUUUUUCCCCCUUGUUGCCAGGUGGGGCGGUGACCCUGGGGAGGGGCCGGAGGGAGGUGGACGGGGGGGGACAUGUACAAAGCCCCUUCCACGCCGCCGCAUCCCUCGUGCUGUAUAAAGGAAAUAGCGUUGCUGUGUAUUUGUACUCCAACCUUCCGUGUGUCUGCUUUGGCAGACGGUAAACCCUUGUACAGUAGGUCUAGCUGCAUGUAAUCUGUAUGGACAAUGGCAUUAUAAAAUGCAAUAAAAUAAAUUACCUAUCAUCCGCA